GGCAACCUUCAUGUUUUCAUAAUUCUUAUCCGAUCUGACUGAAAUUUGCCAAUAGGCUUGUUUUGGUUUCAUGCUAUUUUAAUUAAAAAGUGCUACUUGAGAAGUGCCAUAAUUUCAAAAUGCAUAUAUUUCUUCGAUGUCAGGAUUUGCACACCAUUGAUGUUGAAGAUGGUACAGUUUCAGAUUUAAAAGAAUUCCUAGAGGAAAAAGAAGGUAUUUCUGCUGAAGAACAGAUCUUAUAUUAUGGCGGAAAUCAAUUACAAGAUAAUGAAGAUAUUGCUGACUGCUUAGUAGAUGGUGCAACUGUUGAUGUAACUGUCAGACUAUUAGGAGGCAAAGUUCAUGGUUCCUUAGCUCGAGCUGGUAAAGUGAAAGGACAAACUCCAAAGGUUGAAAAACAAGAAAAAAAGAAAAAGAAGACUGGACGAGCAAAGAGAAGGAUGCAAUAUAACAGACGUUUUGUUAACGUUGUUGUCACAUUUGGACGAAAGAAAGGACCUAAUUCUAAUUCUUAAAUUUGUAAAUUUUAAUGUAAAAUAAAAAAAAAAAUUAUGAAUUCCAA